AAAAGGGCCGAGUUGUAAACAUGAAAUUUUGAAAAAGAAAAAAACUAAAAUACACAAUGAAAGAAAAAUCGGCCGCCGCCCUUUGCGUCACCUUUUCUCCAGCUCAUCCUCCCUGCCUCCGAUCUCGGGAGCAACUGAAGCAUGUCUUGGCGGUGGGCUUUCGCGCGCCAUGUCGCCCAGGCGCAGAGGCUCCUGCCCACCUCGUCGGCCGGCGGUGGCACUGGCCUCCUGGGUCGGCACCACCACCACAUGCCCCUCGCCUCCCAGAUUCGGAGCAAGCAAGAUCCAUUUGAAUUAGUCGCCGAUGAGGUAUCACUUCUUGUAAAUCGGUUACGAUUCAUGGUGUCUGCUGAGGUCCCCAAACUGGCAUCAACAGCUGAGUACUUUUUCAAGGUGGGAGUAGAGGGAAAAAGAUUCCAACCUACGGUUUUGUUGCUCAUGGCAUCAGCUGUGAAAUUCUCUUUGUCAGAAUCAACAGAAGGCAAAGUUCUCAGUAUAUUGGCAGAUAAACUCCGCUCACGGCAGCAGAACAUUGCCGAGAUAACUGAAAUGAUUCAUGUUGCAAGCCUUAUGCAUGAUGAUGUUCUUGACAAUGCCGAUACUAGGUGUGGCGUCAGAUCAUUGAAUCUCAUCAAGGGAAACAAGCUUUCUGUGCUGGCUGGUGACUUCCUGCUGUCUAGAGCAUGUGUGGCCCUUGCAGCACUUGGGAACACAGAGGUGGCUUCUCUAAUGGCAACUACUGUAGAACAUCUAGUUACUGGUGAAACUAUGCAGAUCUCUACAAGCACAGAGCAACAACGAAGCAUGGAGUACUACCUGCAGAAGACAUACUACAAAACGUCAUCAUUGAUAUCAAAUAGUUGCAAGGCGGUUGCUAUUCUUGCAGGACACACAGCUGAGGUCUCGGUGCUUGCAUACGAAUAUGGUCGAAACCUGGGUCUAGCCUUCCAGUUAAUUGAUGAUGUACUUAAUUUCACAGGCACCUCUGCAUCCCUUGGGAACGGUUCAUUGUCUCAUAUUCGCCAUGGAAUCAUUACUGCCCCAAUGCUAUAUGCGAUGGAGGAAUUCCCGCAACUACUAGAAGUUGUUGACCGAGGUUUUGGUAAUCCUGCAAACGUUGAAAUUGCCCUUGACUAUCUCCGGAAGAGCCAUGGGGUUGAAAGGACAAAGGAGCUCGCACGAGAACACACUGAUCGUGCAGUCAAGGCUAUAGAAUCCCUCCCAUAUAGCGACGACAAGGAUGUUCUGACCUCAAGGCGUGCUCUUGUUGAUAUCACAGAAAGAGUCAUCACAAGAACAAAAUAGCAAGGUGUUGGGCCUCUACAAGGGGAAUCGAAAGCUAAACCUCACCUGUUGUGGCGGCGGCUAGGGUUAUGCAAGAAGGCCGGCCAGGAAGCCUUGCAAACGGCUGAGCAAGAGGAAAAGAUCCUUUUUUUAUUAAAAAAAUCUUGUUGGAUUAGAUUGAUACAUCUUAUCUUCUUUACUACUA